CCCGCCGCAGAUGCAGCAGUACGGCGCCGUGCGCAACCCGGGCUACCCGAUGCAGCCGCCAGGCGUGCACCACGUGAUGCGCCCGCCCACCAUGUACGCUCCCCAGCCGGGGCCCUACAUGCAGCAGCCCGGCGCCCCCGUCCCUCCCGCGGUGGUCGUCGUGAGCAGCCGUUACUCCCUACGUACGGCGAGAGGUGCUGGCUCAUGUUUGAUUCCGCAGCUCUAACCGGAGCUGUAACCGAUCGUUUUCUCCCUCACUGCGCGUGGUAUGCUGAACGUCUGAAUUUGAACUGGUUAUUUUUUUUUCCGCAUUGUCUAAUUGAUUUGAAUACUUUAGCCUGCCGCUUAAUUAGGCUCAGUUUCUGUAUGUACUUAGAUCCUUCAACAAUGGGUUGUUGCAAAAAUAUGGGCUAAGGUACCAUGAUUUCCUACCGCUUAAUUUCAUGUCAAGUAUUUUUCCUCCUUAAUUUGGCUUUGAUGUAUAGUUACUACUGUCAAUAAGAAAGUUUAAAGAGAGUGACACAUCUGCUUAAGCUUUUAUAUCUGAGUAGUGCAAUGCAAUGGUGUGAGCUAUCCCAAGUUUUGCAAAUAACCAAUACAAGUACAUUGAACUCUGUCCAUUGGGCGCUAAGAGGUAAGGCCAGCUUUACCUAAUUCUUCUUUCAUUCGAACAGAAUAUUCCCUUUUGUUGAUGUUAACUCCAGUUAUUAUUCUGAACAUGCAAGAUACCUCCUUAUCUGUUUAGUAACACUUCUUUCUUCGUGGCUUAUGGUAACAUAAGUGUUUUCAUAUUUCCGUUUGUAUUAGUUCCAUGUAUUUCAAAUGAUUAAUCUAUGCACCGUGUGUUCCGUUUUCCGAACUUUUACUAAUGUGGCAGCAUAGAUGUUUGUUUGUUUCUCUCUUCAGGUAUGCAACGCUAUCCUGGACCAUACACUAUGAUGCGUCCAGUCUUUCCUCCACGCCCCAUGCCUCCAGUUGGUGUUAUGCCAAUUCAACGGCCACCCCUUAUGCCUGGGAUCCGUGGUGCUCCUCCUAUGGUAGCCCCUCCUGUCAGACCGCCUGCUCCAGCUGUUACACCUCUUGACAAACCACCAACUGCAGUUUAUGUUGGGAAGAUUGCCCCAACAGUGGACAAUGAUUUCAUUCUUUCACUUCUUCGGAUUUGUGGACCUGUCAAGAGUUGGAAGCGGACCCAAAAUCCAAGUAAUGGGAAACCCGUAGCAUUUGGCUUUUGUGAGUUUGAGUCUGCUGAAGGCAUACUUCGUGCUACUCGGUUGCUCAACAAAUUGAGCAUUGAUGGACAAGAACUCGUGGUUAAUAUUAAUGAUGCCACCAAAGAGUACCUGAAAAAACAUGUUGAAGGAAAAAAGAAGGCACAGGAGAAUGCCAAAGAAAAGGAAGAUGGAGGCGGGGAUGGAACUUCUGCUGCUGCUGAAAAUGAAUCAUUGAAGCUUGAUUCUGAUAAAACAGAUGAAACAGAAGAUGUUGGAGAUAAGGAUGAUCAAGAAAAUACUAAGAAAUUUGGGAUUGUUACAAAUGAAGAUUCUGAGGCGGAUAAGGAGGCUGCAGAACAAAUAAAUAGUAUGAUUGAAGAGUGGUUAAAGACUCGACCACCGCCGCCGCCACCACCACCGCCGCCAGUUCAACCACUUGCUGAAAUCUCAUCCAAACAUAAUAAUGGAGAGUCUGGUGUAGACAUGACAAACACUGAUUCUGAAGACAAGAAUAAUGAUGACAUGGACAAAAGGACAUCUAAUGAAACUGAAAAAGCAGAAACUGGCUCGCCUGAUAGGAGGAAGGAUAGAGAACAUGAUAAGGACAAGCGAGAAAAAGAUAUUCAAAGAUAUGAGCGUGAGCGUGAGCGAGAAAGAGUCAGGAGAGAUAGAGACAAGGAACACAAGCAUAAAGAAGUGGAAAGGCUGUACAAAGAUCAUGUUAAGGAGUGGGAAUCCAGGGAAAAAGAGAAGGAAUAUCAAAGGCAAUAUGAGAAGGACCGCGAGAAGGAAAAAGAACGUGAACGUAGAAGGGAGAUCAUGAAGCAGGAAGAGGAUAGCGACGAAGAGGAUUCAAGGAAAAGAAGACGCAAGGGUAGUAGCACAUUUGAAGAGAGGAAAAGGAGGAGGCAACGUGAAAAACAAGAAGACUUGGCAGACAAAUUGAAAGAGGAAGAGGAAAUUGCUGAGGCAAGGAGGCGCGCUAUAGAGCUGCAACAGCAGGCAGAUGAAGCAGCUGCGGCGGCUGCGGCAGCCGCAGCAGAGUCUGCUACACUUAUGGAGGUUGAUGGUGAUGAUGAAAAGGAAAGUAAUGUGCAAAACAAGCCGAUUAAUUCAGAUGAUGAUAACAUUACCGGCUUUGCAAAUGGUGGUUAUGCAGAUGAUGGCACUCACAAGGACAAUAAUGGUGAUGAAGCAAGUACGAUACAAGGUCAAAUUCUAGAUAUCAAUCAAAAUAGCAAUGCUCCAGCAAAGAAGCUGGGUUUUGGUUUGAUUGGCUCUGGAAAACGAACAUCUGUUCCAUCAGUUUUUGCUGAGGAUGAUGAUGAGGAUAAUAAGGAUAAAAAGAUAAGACCUUUAGUACCUAUCGAUUACUCCACUGAGGAAUUACAAGCUGUGGAGACAGAUUCUUCUGCUGGCCAACAGAAUAUUGUAGCAGCUGCUGAGUUUGCCAAGCGCAUCUUGGUAUCUAAUCAGAAGGAAGAGAAGCUUGAAAGUGAGAAGGAUAGGAGCAGGAGAUCCACUGAUAGGUUGAGCCAAAGGGAUAAAAGUCGAAAUGAGGAAGAUGGUGCUCGCAUCAGUGAUGAGAGAAGAGAAAAGAUGCAGGAUCGAGACAAAGAUAGGCAAGAUAAGCCCAAGUCAGAGAACAAGAAAAUUGUGGAUGCAAAACAACUGAUUGAUAUGAUUCCGAGGACAAAGGAAGAGCUUUUUUCCUAUGAUAUUAAUUGGUCAAUAUAUGAGAAGCAUGAGUUGCAUGAUAGAAUGAGGCCUUGGAUCUCAAAAAAGAUAGUUGAAUUUCUUGGUGAGGAGGAAUCAACUUUGGUGGAAUAUAUAGUCUCGUGCACCAAAGAUCAUGUGCAUGCGUCGAAAAUGCUGGAGCUCCUACAGUCAAUUUUGGAUGUUGAGGCUGAAAUGUUUGUCCUUAAGAUGUGGAGGAUGCUAAUAUUUGAAAUCAAGAAAGUUGAAGCAGGACUAUCAGGAAGAGGGAAGGCUUGAAGUUAUUUUUUUCAGGGAGGAAGGGAAGGCUUGAAGCUGAGGCAAUGAUCUUGUGCAACAUUCUCUGUUUUUUUGUCAGCAACUGUGUUCUCACUUGUAGACUUCUGAGACAGCCUCCGAAAACAUUUGAGUGAGAUCAAGUUAGUGGUUCCCUAUAUGUUCUGAUGCCUAUUGUAGAAAUGUAUACAUGAACAAGUGAUACAAUAACAUUUGAUCUAAAGUUGUUGCAUGCUUGCGCA